GGAAGAAUGCAACUUGUCAUGCUAAAUCUGAAGCAUGCAAAAAUCUGUGUCGCAUGAUUACCAAAAGUCGUCCAGUUUUGACCAAGCCGGGAGGGAGUUUCUCAUGCAGGAUAGGCAUUAGAAAGGUCUCGCUGAGUCUGUCAUGCUAGGUCCUGCAUUCCAGACCUCAUGGGUCAUGGAAAAGCAGAAUGACAAAUCGCGCACUCUUCCAGACCCAGACACUUUUACAUUUGAUACGGACAUCCAGUUUACGAAAGACCGGGCGGCUAGGCGGGUAUGAUAGUGCUACAAGUUUUUCAAAUUGUCAUGUUGACCUAGACCACCUCGAGCUUGGCAUUUUUAUUGUUUUAUGUUUAUCGAUUAUGCUGUAUCAGGAUCAGCCUCGCAUUCGCAAAUUUACAUACAAAAUCAGAUGACAAACAUGAUGGAGGAGGAUCGCGUCAAGUUCUACAAUUGGAACCUUGCCUGCAUCGCCGUCACCGGUGUGCCCUUGGCAUACUAGUAUAAUUCGCAUAAAGUUUUCUAUAUUCUUUUUGUUUGAAUGAUAAACUUUUAUUUUGCUUCCUGUUCUUUUCAAAGUGCGAAGAUACCGCUAUGCCUGUUUUUGAACGAUUAUGAUUAUGACAUGCGCAACGCAUAAAAUGGAUCACAUCCUCUCAGCCUCACGGUGAACUACAAUUCCUCUGACGAUACGGACCGCAUUUUGCGAGUCUUGGACCCGGACGCGCGAUCGCAGAUCGGGUACUAUCCGGGCAUCAUGGGUUGAGCUUGGUGGUGAGGCAGAUCGGGUUGGUCACCACUCUAGUACCACUCUAGGGAGUAGAACGACAAUACUGAAAAAAUUUUUUUAUCCGCUGCCGCAGCUCGUACUGCCUGCUUCUCUACUUCUACUACUUUGUUCACUAGUUACAACCCGUGUCGUCCGCGGUGUUAUUGCAUGUUUAGUAGUACUAGGUGCACGAGGACGACGCUUCUGUGAUGGACUUCGUAAAAACCGCAAGGUGAACCACAUCGAUUUGAGGCUCCUGAAGAUGGGAAAGGCUUGUGUAGUAGUGCUGGUGGCCACCAGCAUCGAUCCGAAACAAUUGAAAGUAGAGCCAGUUGUAGUGGAAAACACCUCCCUUGGUUGUCAACGAGAUAUACGUGUUAGGGAGACAGUGGUGUUCGAUUCCUUGAUGAUGUUGCCAACACGAUUUUUACAGGAGUAAAAUAAAGAAGAAGUGAUGUAAAACCACAUCGUCCAUUGUUGAAAAUUAG